CGAUAGACUAAAAAUUUCCACACCCAACGAAGAUAUGUUUUUCUCUUUUUUUCCUACGGUGUGGCCAGGCUGUUCACUUUAGCGAAGGAUCAAAAACCCUGUGAAAGUGUGUUUGUUUGGUCGAGUUGAUUGAAUUCGCUGGCAGCUUACAGCUAUGAUCAUCAACAACGCCCCUUUUCCUCUAUGAUUGAUUCGAUUCGAUUGAAGUCGAUUCCGUAGAGAGUGAGAAAUCAGAUCACAAUAAUCAUCGAUGGGUAAUUUGUUCGUGAAGAAGCCCAAGGUAACAGACGUUGAUAAAGCAAUCCUCGCACUCAAGACCCAGAGACGCAAACUCGCCCAAUAUCAACAAAAGCUAGAUGCUGUUAUUGAAGCAGAAAAGCAAGCUGCACGAGACUUGAUUCGUGAAAAGAAGAAGGACAGGGCCUUGUUAGCACUAAAGAAAAAAAAGACACAAGAAGAAUUGUUGAAGCAAGUUGAUGCUUGGCUUAUAAAUGUUGAGCAGCAAUUAGCAGAUAUUGAACUGGCUAGCAAGCAGAAGGCUGUGUUUGAAAGUUUGAAGGCUGGUAAUGAUGCAAUGAAAGCCAUACAAAGUGAGAUAAACAUUGAAGAUGUUCAGAAACUUAUGGAUGACACUGCUGAAGCUAAAGCUUAUCAAGAUGAAAUUAAUGAAAUAAUGGGGGAGAAGUUAUCAGCAGAAGACGAGGAGGAGAUUUUAGCAGAAUUUGAGGACUUGGAAAUCCAGCUUACAGUCCAAGAUCUUCCUGAAGUUCCUCCCUCAGCUAAUGAAGAAAUUGAAGAAAAGUUGGACCUUCCUGAUGUCCCAACCAAAGCACCUGUUACCAGUGAUGCUGAAGUAUCUACGAAAAGAAAAGUUAUGGAGGAACCAUUGGCAGCUUGAAGAACAUUGCGACCCAAAACAUGUCAAUUGCUUUGCAAACCAAGGCAUAAGAUCUGACUUUGUGUUUGCCUGUAUCCUUCAAAUUCUGUUGCAAAAUUCGUGCAGUUACUGGAGUUUGAUUGGUUUUACCAUUUGCAGUGACAUUGAAUUUGUACAGAUUUGCAUGUAUAAUAAUACAUCAGUUUUAACAAGAAUUAUAUACUGAGAAAAUCAUAUUUUGCAACCAUUUUCACA